UGGAUUAAAACUUUGGUGAAGGUGAAGGUUUAGACUGAAGAUACCAAAGAAAAGGAUGUCGUUUCUUUACAAAUCUCAGCUUCAUCGAGGAGGGAGGGGUUCUUGAUUCAAUAACUUUCUCCAACUUCAAAAUGGAAUGUAACUCCUCCAAUGGAAGAACCAGAGUUAGCAUGGAGUAAACGUAGAUCUCUCCCAUUACCAAAGGCAGCACCUUGGCUAGUAAUUCCAUAUGGAAAAGGUGAGAAAUUUCAAGCUUUUUAUAACAUUACUGAACCAAAUAACACAAAUUGUAGAAAAUUCAUACCGGAAUUGAAAGGUAAAUCUUUUUGUCAGAAGACUUCUCAUCAAGGGUGGUUAAUUGUUCUUUGUGAUACUGCUGAAUAUGAUUACACACCAUGGAAUUAUGGGGAUUGUUUUUUAUGGAAUCCAUUGUCAAUGGAGAGUAUAGAGUUGCCAUCUUUUCUCUAUUGGGGCACAUUACAUGGGUAUUUUCUCAGCGACUGUGUUUUGUCUUCGCCUCCUAAAAAUAUUGAUGAUAAUGGAAAUUCCAUGGUUUUUAUGCUUUUUGUUAGUAAAGAUCAUAAAAAAGGCAAGGAAAUUCUUCUGUUUUGUCAUCCAGGUAACACACAAUGGAGGACUCAUAAGUUCCCUGACGUAAACGGAGUAGACCUCCGAACGAUGUGUUACCUCAAAGGUAAGUUAUAUAUAACGUGCUAUGGUAAAGAAUAUCUGGAGAUAGAAAUGCAACAUGGGUCUGAGCCUAAAAUCCUCUCUAUAAGUAAAUUCGUUGUUAGUGGACACAACAAAAAUGCAACAAUAGGAGGAAUCUGGGAUACUCAAUUUCUAACAUAUUAUGUGGUGUCUUGUGAUGAAAUCUUUCGGAUUAAUAAAAUUUUCAUUACUAGAGGUGUUUAUCAAUAUUGUGUAACCAAUAUGAUGGUAUCGAAGUUGGAUUUAUCUUCACUGUCUUGGGUGGAGGUGACAAGUCUGGAUGAUCGUGUCUUUUUUAUAAGCAAUACUACUAAAUUGUGUUGCUCUGCCAAGGAAUUGGGCUUUACACGCGGUUGUGUGUAUUUUACACAACCUGAUGAAAUGAGCUUCUACAUGUAUGACUUGGAAGAUAAAACUGUGAUGCUUUCAUUGCCAUGUCCAGAUCUACCUAAGCCAUGGUUCUCGCCCAACUGGCUCAUGAUUCCCUCAACAAUCUGUAAGGACGACGAUGAUAGACGAAGUGGAACCGAACCUGUGUCAGGUAACAACAGUGAUGGAGGUAACAGUACUAAGGCAAUAGAAAAACCCAGCUUAGAAAUAUCGCCAAUCAGGAGGAACAAUGAUACCGAGGAAGCAAGGCCUUUGGAUAUACUUAACGAAGAUAUAGUGUUGUUCAUAUCAAGUUAUCUAAGCCCAUUGGAUUACAUACAUCUACGUUCUGUUAGUAGAAACUACCUAUUGGUAUUUCCUUUAGUGAAUUUGAGAAAAUUUUGUUCUACUAGGAGCUUACAAACCACUGUUUUGUCUCCAUGGAUGGUUUUCGCCAAGGAUAAUGAAUCUGUCUACAGUUUCAUAAACCCAAUGCAUAAUGAUGAGAAUUACCUCGCGGGUAUCCCUGAAUUGUUAAAAGGUUCAACGAUUCGCUUCUCGAAGGGCGGUUGGUUACUCAUGUCAAAAGGUAAUUAUAGUGUGUUCUUCUACAAUCCAUUCGCCAAAGCAAUCAUCAAACUUCCGGACUUGCCAGUUGAUCAUCCUUAUCAGUACCGAGGUAUCUCUUUUUCUUCCUUGCCAACUUCUUCAGAUUGCGCUGUUUUUGCCAUCAGUGAUUGGAUGGUGGAUUCAGUAUCUAUUACCUUCAUUAAGCGUGGAGAAAAAAUGUGGACGUCUGAUAUUUUUGAUACUGUUUGCUUACCACCCAAUAGAACAAACAUGGAUUUCGAGCCGAGUCUUAACAGUCCAAUUUUCUACAAAGGAGCUUUUUAUUGCUUGGAUCUGAACGGAACUUUAGGUGUAUUUACAGAGAAUGAUGACAUAAAGUGGAAAGUUCUGUCCAUGGUACCCCCACCUAAUUGUGAUUUCAUCUAUAAGAAUUACUUGGUAGAGCUCGAAGGAAAGUUGUUAUCUGUACUGUUAGGCCAUUAUGGAAAAUGGGUUCGGAUGUUUAGAUUGGACAUGUCGGAAAUGGUUUGGAUUGAAGUUGAACAUUUAGGACGGCAUGUGUUGUUUAUCAGCAACACAUCCUGUAUUGCUACAAUUGCUCCGACUAGUGAAAUGGAGAACAAAAUCUACUUUCCCAGGUUGCAGAACAAAGGAAUUCUAUUUUACUCUCUGGAUUCAGGUAAAUAUCAUUCUCUUGGGAGUGAAAAUUAUGGUACGGAUUAUUGCAACUCUAAUGAUAACUUAAGGUGCAGCUGGAUAGAACCUAACUGGUCGGAGCCCACAGGGCCAAAUACUGACUGGUAGAACCUGGCGUUAUUUGUAACUGUUUCAGUUUCUUCCUGUAUCAAGUGUAACUUUAUCUAUCUGUAUGUCAAGAAGGCAGUAUAAUGUGUAUUUUAGUUCUCUUCUGGGCCUCUGGCAGUGUAAUGAUAUUGAAUGACAAACUUCUCCUUAUAUCAGUUUCUUGUAUUAUAAUGAGAUUUUAAUCCAUCAUUA